CCUCAAGUCAAAAGUUGAAAUUGCGCCUAUGGAAUUGUAUGAAUUAUAUUCCAUGUUAUUUUUUCUAGGAAUAUUUUUUCAUGGAACAUUCAAUAUGGUUUUCUAAUAGUUGUUGUGAUCAUUGAUAACAGUAAAAGACCCCUUGAGUGGCUAAGCCGCAUUCUGUGAAAGUGGGGACAGGGGUUAGAGAGUACAAAAUGGCGAAUAGGUACUGAUUAGAGAUUUGCGACCGAGUGUAUUAAUAUUAGUAUUUACUGUGUAUUGGUAAUUUGUAAUUUGUCAGUACUUGUGAGUUUGUGGAUUACCGCUGUCCAGUGUCCACUUUGCAUUCGUUGUUAGUUUAGUGCUGAGUUACCAAGUCCGUGAUUGUGAUUACUUUAACUGAAUUUUUAGCGUUUAAUCUUAAAGUUGACGUUUCCAAAUUUACAAUAAUUAUUGACUUUUUUUCUCAUAUUGUUCUAACGUUUAUGAUAUAAGAUUUAAGUGACCCAAACAUUUUAAUAAUUAAAUAAACUUAGAUCGACAAUUUUAUAUCCAGAUUCGAGAAGAAUACUUUUUAGUUAUUACCUACCAACCUAUAUACUUUGGUGUAUUUGAUCUAAAAGGUUUAGAACAGAAAUAUGGAUCGAUUUAAAUGGAAAAACCAGAGUAAUUCAAAUAUACAAUUAGUUAAAGUAGAAAAAAAUUUGCAGUAUAUUGAAAUUAAUGGAUGUUUACCCGAUACACUUGUGAAUAAAUACAUGGAUUUGAUUACAAAAUUUUCUCCCAAUAAAUAUUACGCGUUUAAUACACAUUUUUUUACGGCCUUUGAUAUGUACGGAUUUUCACGUAUUCAUCGGUGGACAAAAAAUAUUGAUAUAUUCUCAAAAAAAAGACUGUUUAUCCCUAUUUAUUUAAAAUCAAAAGAGAUGUGGAGUUUAAUUUAUGUUAACUUUAAACACAAAUCAAUUAGAUAUUAUGAUAGCCAUGGAAAUCAUGGUUUGAAAUACCAAAGAUUAAUAUUGAAAUAUUUGAAGUUGGAAUAUCUGAUGAAAAAAGGAAAAUUCUUUCCUUCAGCUGGUUGGAAGUAUACUAAUUUGAAUAGUUUAGAUGAUGCAUAUAAGUGUUGGGAUAGUGGAAUAUUUUUGUGUUUAGUUGCACAUCACUUCGCACUGAACUUUUCAAAAGAUGCUACAUUGCCUUUUUCUUCAAAAGCCGCUGGUGGUGAAAAAGUGAAUAGGGAAAGAAUUGAGCGUGAACUUAUUAAUGACACUAUUAGAAAUUACGCUUAAAAAAUAACAUGUUUUGUAUGUUUGGUAUGUGUUAUUUAUGUUUAAACACACAUAUGCAUAGUUUUAAUGUGAAUAAACUAAUAACUAAUAUAUAAUUAUAUUUUGGCAAAUUUAUAAUGUAAUUCUUUAUUGUUAAUUGUUAUUUCACACUUUAUACAAAUACAAAUAUAAUUUUAUGAUUGUAUAAUAAAUUGUAAUUUAUUAUUGUAAAGUAAUAUUAAUUUAUGAAUAAGUCAUAUUUUUUUAACUUUAAUUAUUCAAUUUACUUAAGCUGUAUUUUAUAAUUGAAAACUGUUAAAUUAGAUACAUUGAUUUUGCAGUAAGCAAAUAACUAACUAAUUUUAUAAUUAAGUGUAUUAAUUACACUUGUCUUCCAAUUAAUUUAUUUUGUGUUCAAACAAUUAGUCCCACAAUUAGUUAUCUCGGAAAAUUUGAUUAAUUAUUAUGUGUACUGAAUAAUAAUGUAUAAUAGUAUAUUUAUGUUAUUGCAAAUAAUUUUUUGGAAAAUAUAAACUAUAUGUCAUGAAGUGAAUAAAAAUGUUUGUGUAAAGAAAAA